AUGGAAAAAUAAUCGAAGGAGUAAUCUGAAAUAACAUAUAGAUCACCAUAAGAUUGGAGGGAGAGAUUCAAGUAAGAAGGUUCAAGAGCUCUCUCUUAAGUCCAUAUGCAGUAUGAUGAGUAAAAGAAGACUGAUUGGUCAAUUAUAUCUAAUGGCUUACUUAACCCAUACAAUACUCAGUUAUAAAAGAUUCUCAAUAAUUUGAACUAGAAUUAAGUUUCAUUAGAGCAGUUGAAGGAAAAUGUAGGCUAGGUAAACAGUAAGAAUAAGAUUAUUUUGGCACUUUCGAGACGAUUUAAAGACAAAAUUUUUGACUAGCUUGCAAAAGACCGAUAGGAUCAAUCAGAUGAAUUUUAAAAUAAGCCCAGUAUUUUCAGAAGAUUAGCAAUAAGUCUAUAGAUGAAAUUAAAGCAAAUGAUUGAGGAAGAAAUGAAAAAAAUGAAGGUACCUAAAAAUAUUACUGAACUGAGAGACAAAGUAGACAGCUUGCUUGAGGAGUAAAAGCAAUCAUGA